AUGGUUACUUUGACCGAGGUUGAGGACGAGCAUUUCCAGGCCACGCAGACCGGGCCUGAAUAUGAUGAUGAUGACUUCACUGACACUGAUUCCGAGAUCUCCAACGAGUCCGAUUAUGAUCCCGUGAACGAGACUCUGGCGGAACGCCUGUACGCGCUGCGAGAUAUUAUCCCCCCGACGACACGAGGCUGGAUCUCUAGCCGAGUAAGCUCAAUCUCGAGCAAGGCCUGGAGCGUUCUAUCCUUCAGCGGCAAAGGCGCUUGGGUCAUCACCACGUCGGCCCUCUUCAUCGGCGUUCCUUUUGCUCUCUCGUUUGCAGAGGACCAGCAACUCACCGCCAUGGAACAAGAGUACAAUAUGCGACAGGCCGGAAGCGAGCUCUUGACCGCUGGCGCCGAGCAUGGCACAGCCGAUAAGGCCGCCGCCGCUCUAGGAGAUGCCCAAGCCAAACAUUCACUGUGA